AUGCCUCAGAGCCAAAGGAGAGGACCCUGGGUCCCAGAGGAGGACCAGACAUUGCUGCAACUAGUCAGCAGUCAAGGACCAAACAACUGGGUCCGCAUCUCACAGCAUAUGAAAUACCGAUCACCAAAGCAAUGCAGAGAACGAUCCCACCAGAACCUGAAACCAACAUUGAAUCACGACCCCAUCUCAGCCGAGGAAGGGCUGAUAAUCGAACGACUGGUGAGCGAGAUGGGUAAGCGGUGGGCAGAAAUCGCCAGGAGACUCGGCAACAGAAGCGACAAUGCCGUCAAGAACUGGUGGAACGGAAGCGUGAACCGAAAGCGUAGAGGCAUGGCUGCUGGCAGUGGUGCUGCCUCGCAUUCUCCUGCUUCAUCUGCAUCUCCCUCCAGGACUCCCAACGGACGGGUUGAGCCACCAUAUCAGAAAGCAUCUUCUAGGUCCCCCCAAACGCAGUACCGAUGUCCCCGGACCGAACAUGCCAUGUACAGCCAGGCCUCGCACAUGGACAGACAACGAUCCUGGGCUUCUAUCUCAGACUAUCAAUCAUCACAGCAUCAGCACCAGCACCAACAGGAUGAGCGAGGGGAGUACCAUCAGCAGCGCAUUCACUCGCCUCGUCCGCUCGAGUACCGUUCAUCUCUAUAUGACCUGCCCAAGGAGACCCUAAAUAGUGCAAGGUGGCAGCAGUGUAACUCCCAGCCGCAGUCACCAGCCGCCGGACGGCGACUCCUGACUCCCAUCUUUACCACACGCAACCCAAACCAGGCAACAGACUCCGCCAUGACCUCGCCCGCAUUCUCAGAGAUGUCUCAUGCUCCUUCCCUUGGUGGGCCUCCAUCCAUGGUAUCAGACCAUAACUCAGUCGCCUCGGCCUCGCCCAAGACGGUCACCUCUCCCUCUGCCCUGGCAACCCCAGUUGAAAUCCACCACAGCCACCACCGCUCCUCAUCAUCCGCCUCUUCAUAUGACGAAAGACGGCGAGGCAGUGCCCCGUUAAUUUCGUCUUUCGCCAAACCACAUCAUUCAAGUGAUAACCUCCUCUACCAGCCUCACCCCAUGCAAUCCUCACUACGACACCACCAGCACUCCAUAUCUGCACCACAUAACCAGCUACCACCAAUUUCGGAUCUUGAAAAGCCUGCUUCUUGUUCUACUUCUCGCGAUUCUCGGAUGGGUCUUCAAGCAUUGCUCAAUUAA